AUGGCCGACACUCAGCCCAAGGAAGGCGACCAAGUCUCCUGGGCUUGGGGCUCGGGCAAGCCUGAAGGUCAGGUCGCCGAGGCCAAGGAGCAGGGCGACGUUACCAUGACCACCAAGAACAACAACGAGGUCAAGAAGACGGGCGAGCCUGAGAACCCUGCGCUGCACAUCGAGCGCGAUGGCCACAACGUCGUCAAGAAGGCUUCAGAGGUCGAGGUAGAGGAGUCUGCCGACAAGAAAGACGAGAAGCCGGAGGACAAGAAGGAUGAUGAAGAGAAGAAGGAGAACGGCGACGCCGAGACUGGCGAGAAGCGCAAAGCUGAGGAGACCGCCGAGGAGAAGAAGGAUGAAGAGGCAGAUGCCAAGAAGCAAAAGACUGAUGAAGAGCCCAAGGCCAACGGCGAGGCUCCCAAGAAGAAGGGCCGACCUGCCAAGAAGAAUGGCGACGCCCCAAAGAAAGAGACCAAGAAGCGUGAGCCCAAGCGAGCUGCCACCGAGACGGGCGAGCCUCGACGAUCCGGGCGCAACAGGUCGUAG